GUAACUACCUAGGUAGGUACCUAGUACCAUUUAAUCUGAGAAAUUGAACACCAAUUAAUUAUCCUCAUUGUCACAAAACCAUGUCUUUAGCACCAGCCGUCUCGAAGGAUGGGUUCUCCUAUGCUGGAGACCUGUUUGUCGAGGCGAGCGGCCAGAAUCGUCAUCGGCGCGCUACUGUGGCCGAACUCAAGGAACACUUCAAGUCCGGAUCCGACAAGGAUCACCCAGCUCAUUGGUUCGAGGCCCAACUUAUUCACUAUGGUCUGCCACCUUCCAAGACCAAGGCGGUAGCUCGCAUGCGCCUUUAUGAUGCCGUCAAUGCAGGCAAGCUCUCCGUCCCUGCUCACGUGAAGAAGCUGGAGACGGACCUGAAGAAGGAAUGGACCAAGAAUGAGCGCGAGGCUAAAAAAGCCCUCGAGGGUACCUCGUCAGCUGCUGUCAAGAAUAACAAGCGCAAGGCUGAAUCUUCCAACGUUGACCUUACCGUAACCGUUGGUGGCAUCAAUAUUACCGUCUCGGCUAGAGAAUCAUCGACGAAGAAGGCCAAGACAACAGCCGCAUCGAGCACGCCAGCCAAAGCUGCAAAGAAGGAGCCCAAGUCCACUCCCAAACCUGCUCCCAAGUCUACUCCCAAGACCAACCCAAAGCCAAAGCCAAAGCCGGAGCCAAAGCCAAAGCCGGAGCCAAAGCCAAAGUCGGAACCUAAGCCAAAGUCGGAACCUAAGCCAAAGUCGGAGCCAAAGCCAAAGGGACCGUCUGCCUCACCUUUCGCUUCGACUUCUGCCUCCUCCACUCUUACUGGAAGCCAAGCCCGCCGAGGCGGUGCGCGGGCCAUCAGAGGUGGUCGAGGAGGUGCUACAGCUGCUGCGCCGGUAGUCUCGAGUCCCCUUCGAUCCACGGCGACCCCCCCCGUUCGAGGCGGUUCGUGGGCACGUAGGGGAGGUGGACCAUUUAUUCCCUCGAGAGCCCAGACCUUGGGCUACGUCAUUGACGACGACGACGACGAUGACGAUGUCCCACCACCUCCGUACACAGAAUAUGCAAACUCCACCGACGAAGAUGACAGCCAAGAGCUCCAACCCCUAGGAUUACUAAACGGACGUUACGAUGUCGAGUCCUAUGACGUGUAUCGGCAGUGGGGACACACGGGCCUCAACCUCACGUUCACGCUCAGCGGCACCGAGCUCUGGGGUCGCUUCGACCUGGGUGUUGUCGAGGGCGUUCUGCGCUUCGAUACGCGGCCCUGGCAGUCCUCAUAUGAGAAGAUUCAGUUCAGCUGGCGCGGCCGUGAAAACGAGGGACCCAUCAUGUACGGCGACAGUAACUACGGCUGGCUUCGAUUUCUCGGCGGCGGCCGGUUUGAUGCUGCGAUCGACUUCAUGAACCUUGAGUUCCAGGGCACCCGAGUCCCAGGACAAGGUACGAGGAGCGACAUCGACGCCAGAGCCUUACGCGCUGAGUGGGACGGGUACAACGUGGACGAGUACGAGAGGGAGAGUCGAGCUCGGUGGCGAUGAAUUGGAUGCGUGCUAGGAUGAAGUAAUCUACUGCCUAGGCUUGUCUUGACUCUUGGGAGUGCAGGCGAAGGAAGUUCUUUUAAUGUGGGUGUUAUUGAGCCUCUAAGCACUAAUGCCAUUAUUAAUCUGGCCUGAAGUGGAUCAGGGCCAUUUACGUUACCUACACCAAAGUCAAAGUAACCUAACUAGAGAGUCUACAAGCUAGCAGGGAGGCUGAACUUCUGAAAAAAUGAUUGUGUACCUGAGUAGGACCUGGUAGAUAGCUGUUCUGAAGGAUAAGGGCAGCAUACCUACCUACUUACCUACUUACCUACUUACCCAGUACGUACAUAGACGUCCUACAUAAGUUUGGUUGGAGUUCUGGAGGACAAUGCUUCUACGGUAUCUUCAAUACUGUUGUAAUCAUAAAGAACCUUUCUGUUUUUUUAAUUACUUACUUACUACAAGUCGCAUUAAGAAAGCACGUAAGUGAGUUUUAAAAAAAAAAAAAUUUAAUAAACGAAACUAUUGCAAUUCAUUGUUAAGCAAUGGA